AUGGCUUUGAAACCUUCUCGGCAUGGCAACCACACCGAAUGCCACUACUGGGACUACUCCUUCCACUGGUCCAGUCUUCAUCGCUCUGAAGAGGAACUUCGGCCUAUGGCUUACACCUGUGAUACACUGGCCGAUGAGUGUGUGGAACGGCUGAAUAAGAUCCCUACGGACGGGGACUCCGAUAAGCCCUUCCACAAGGAUCUAUAUACUCUGCUGAAGAACCAUGCAGAUGAGGACCCGAAGCUCCAGGAACUGUGGACACAGGUCAAUACAGUUCCUGAAUGGGUAGAUUGGAAGCAGAUUCAACGAGGACAAGAUGUGUUCUUUCGCUAUGGGCUUCCGAUCUUGAACGUGCUCAGCUUCGAAAGCCUACUGGGCGGAAUGGGCGCAAUUCGCGUCGUGGAAACCCUCUCCCGGACAGGCGGUUUCAACGCCAAGGUAGUCCGCCGCCGACUCCUCGAAACACUCCAACAUGUACUACAGGUAAACAGCUCAGCGGAAGGAAUGAAGCCAGGCGGCGAAGGGCAGAUAUCCACUAUCCGAGUCCGACUCCUCCACUCAACAGUCCGCCUCCGAAUCCUAAGCUUGACAAACCAAAAACCAGAUUACUAUGACGUCCAGAAAUACGGAACGCCUGUAAACGACCUGGACUGCAUAGGAACAAUCAAUACAUUCUGCAGCUCAGUCGUCUGGCUCGGAUUGCCACGCCAAGGUAUCUUCCUCAGUCAGCAGGAAAUCGAGGAUUACAUUGCGCUUUGGAGACUCGUGGCGUGGUAUAUGGGUACACCGACAGACCUAUUUGAAGAUACACAGACGGCGAAGGCAACUAUGGAGUCGUUGUUGAUUUCGGAGAUCGAUCCCACGGAUGUUGGGAGGGUUCUUGCGAAGAAUAUCAUUCUUGGUCUAGAGAAUACGGCUCCGGCGUACGCUUCUAAGGAGUUUAUGGAGGCCUUGAGCCGGCUUUUGAAUGGGGAGAGACUUUCGGAUGAGUUGGAGAUUCCAAGGUCGAGUCUAUAUUAUCGUGUGCUUAUUUGGGGUUAUUGUUUCUGGGUUUCUGGUACUUCGUUCAUUAUUCCACGGAUACAUUUUAUAGAUCGAUAUAUGAUCUCGAUGCGUCGCAAACACUUCUACAAAGUACUUCUGGAUGAGAAGAUUGGUCUUGGUCGCGAGUCCCGUUUCGAAUUUAAGUAUGUCCCGACUCUGGCUCGGACUACCCGGUUGGGACAGCGAAGAUCGACUAAGUUCGAGAGAUCGGGAGUUGAGACUGUGGCGCGGCUGGGUCUUCUUGCUGCGUUUACUGCAGUAGUCACGCUUAGCAUGGGGUUGAUAUUUGCAGCGAGAGUUAUCCCUUCGAACCAGCUUUUCAGCGUGAUGUGGACAUAA